UGAGGAGUCUGGUGUGCUGUCUGUGGUAUGGGGGAGAAGAGUCGUGGUGGGUAACAGAAACUGUGUGAGAGGUGUAGUCUGAGAAGUGAUGUGCACAAUAGGAGUGGGAACUGAUGGUCCUGCAGCCCCGUUCCCAGGGGCUUCCGUGAGAACAGGGAGCCGGGCUUAUGUCCUGGCAUGAUUUAGGGUCCCCCCGGGGGAUUGGCUGGCACGUGGGGAAGAGGGUGAGCAUGACGUUGUUGUGGGUAGACAGAGUGGGGAUACUCAGUCAAGAGACUUCCUGGACCGUGCUGGCCAUGUCAUUGCAGGUCUGUGUGAUCUCUGAGGACGUUUUUGUGUCCUUCUCCCGGGAAGAAUGGAUGCUCCUUGAUGAUUCUCAGAGACUUUUAUAUCAGGAUGUGAUGCUGGAGAACUUUGCACUUUUAGCCUCACUGGGAAUUAUAUCCUCCAGAUCGCACUUAGUCACCCCAGUGGAACAGAGGGCAGAUCCCCAGAUAGCUGACCAGGUGGAUAUGGCUCCAGCCACAGAAAGGAAGACUCAGAAGGGACCUGGACCUGGUGGUUGGUCUGCGGUGGAGGAUGAGGCCAUGUCCCCUGAGCAGAGUGUUUCUUUAGAAGGAGUGUCACCGGUCAGGACUCCAGUGGCAGGUCUGAAGCUCCAUCCCUGGGAUGUAUCUGGCUCAAUAUUGAAAGAAAUCUUAUACCCGACUGAAUACCAGGGGGAGGAAGCCAGGCUGGAACCACACAGUGGUGGGGCCUGUUGGAAGCCUCCUGGGCUCAGGGCAAACGUCCAUCAGCACCACACUGCAGAGAAACCCUUCAGAAGAGACGAGGACAGUGGCUCUGUGAAAAGCUGUGGAUUCUAUGUGCCAGAGAAGACCUGUACACACAGUGAGGGUAGAAGGGACUUUCCAGCCACCUCAGACCUUCUUCAGCACCAGGUCUCCCAUAUUAGGACGAGGCCCCACAAGAGGAUGAGGCCUGGGGCAGCCCUUCACCCUGGACAGCAGCAUCACAGGUGCUUUGAAUGUGGGAAAUUGUUCACCCGCAAAGACACGCUUACUCGGCACCAGAGAAUCCAUACUGGAGAAAGACCUUAUGAGUGCAGCAAAUGUGGGAAAUUCUUUAGCCAAAGCUGUGACCUUUUUAAACAUGAGACCAUACACACUGGAGAAAGGCCUUAUGAGUGCAGUGAAUGUGGGAAAUUCUUUAGACAGGUCUCUGGCCUGAUUGAACACAGGCGAGUUCACACUGGUGAAAGACUCGACCAGUGCAGUAAUUGUGGAAAAUUCUUUAGUAGUAAGUCCAACCUCAUUAGACACCAAGAAGUGCACACAGGGGCAAGGCCUUAUGUAUGCAGUACAUGUGGGAAAGAGUUCAGCCGCAAACACACACUUGUUCUGCACCAGAGGACUCACACUGGAGAAAGGCCUUAUGAGUGCAGCAAAUGUGGGAAGGCCUUUAGCCAAAGUUCCCACCUUAAUGUACACUGGAGAAUUCACAGCAGUGAUUAUGAGUGCAGCCGAUGUGGGAAAGCCUUUAGCUGCAUCUCUAAACUCAUUCAGCACCAGAAGGUUCACUCUGGAGAGAAUCCUUAUGAGUGCAGCAGAUGUGGGAAAGCCUUUACCCAAAGGCCAAAUCUCAUUCGGCACUGGAAAGUUCAUACUGGAGAACGGCCCUACGUGUGCAGCAAAUGCGGGAAAGAGUUUAACCGCAAACACACACUUGUUCUCCAUCAGAAGAUUCAUACUGGAGAAAAGCCUUAAUACCACAGCAGUUGCGGGAAAUCCUUUAGCCAUUACCCCAACUUACUAUCCAUUUGCGAAUUCCUGGCAGCAGACCUAGGACAGCCUUUACUAAGGACCAAACUUUAUCCAGCCCUGGAAAAUCCACACCAGACAAAGGGAACGUGCCAUCUCCUUGUUCAGUGUAGCAGCUCUCACCAGAGAGGAGCUGCGAGAGUAGGCUUUGUGAGGGCACCAUCGUUCAGAAGUGGUACCUCACACAUAUGAACCUCUGCGCUGGGGAGGCUCCUUGUAAGUGCCUGGUACAUCAGUGAUAUCAGGACCUGUGUGUGUAUUGUAAAUUGCCAAGGCCCUUUGUCAGUGCUAAAAGCACUACUACCGUCUGCCCGAAUCCCGCGGUGCGUGUCGGUCACUCCAGCAUGCUUAGGCAGGAGGACCUGUGCUGUCUCCACAGUCCCUAGAAGGAGUCAUGAUCGGCCUCCAUGUCCAUGGGGGGGCUCAUUUCCUUACUUUUGUCUGGGUUAGGCAUGGAAAAAAUCAGCACACAAGAUGGGUUUUCCAGGUAGCUUGCAAAGAUUUAGCCUCAUGGACUUUCUCAUCUCGUGUGAUGCUCACUGUGGAUGUGUGUGGUCUCAUGGCCUUCAGCCCUGGAAGCACAUACCUCACAUCACUCGUGUGUGAGUGCAAUAAUAAAAGGCUUAUUCUUGAGCUAUUUUUAUUUUUUUCAAGAUUUUA